AUGGCCUCUCGUGUCGCUCGCUCCGUCAUGGGCGCCGCCCGCGCGCGUCCCACCGCCGCCGUCUCCUCCCUGCACAAGGCCGCCGUGCCCGCCGUCCAAGCCCGCCUGCAAAGCAACCAACCCACUUCGCCCGAGCAGAAGGCCAAGAGCAUCCUCGACUCUCUGCCCGGCAGCAACCUGCUGAGCAAGACCGCCAUUCUCUCCGCCGGCGCCGGUGUCUCCAUUGCCGCCAUCAGCAACGAGCUCUACGUCGUCAACGAGGAGUCCAUCGUCAUGCUGUGUCUGCUUUCCGUCUACACCGGUAUCGCCGUCUACGGUGGCCCCGCCUACAAGGAGUGGGCCGAGAACCAGACCAACAAGAUCAAGAACAUCCUCAACGCCGCCCGCAAGGACCACACCGAUGCCGUCCAGAAGCGCAUUGCUAGCGUCCAGGACCUCGGCGGUGUUGUUGACAUUACCAAGUCGCUCUUUGCCGUUUCCAAGCUCGAGGCCCAGGCCUACGAGCUCGAGCAAAAGGUCAACCUCGCCCACGAGGCCAAGUCCGUCCUCGACUCCUGGGUCCGCUACGAGGGUGCCGUCAAGGCCCGCCAGCAAAAGGAGCUCGCCGACUCCAUCAUCGCCAAGAUCGACAAGGAGCUCGAGAACCCCAAGACCCUCAAGCAGAUCCUCGACCAGGCUGUUGCCGACGUCGACCGCAUCGUCUCCAAGGCUUAG